GCUUGGUAGACAUCACAAUAACCGAUGUUCUACCAUUUGAAUUAGGGUUCAUCAUUUUCAAUUAUCACUCCCCAAACUCCCAAAAAAUCCCCAAUCUGGAAAUCUCUCUGCAAUUAUCCCACUUCAAUUCUUGAUGAAGUCGACGCGAUUGUCUUCAACGAAAACAUCAGAAGAAACAAUUGAGCCUGAAGCUGAUUGGACAGAUUGGUCAUAUGUGCGUGAAGAGAUCCCAGUAUCAACAAUCCUGAGUUGCGGUCACCUCUAUUUAAGGCGGCCUCUAAGUCAAUGGAUCGAAACCAGCCCCCCUUCUGAUCGGAAGUUAGUGCGGAAAUUGGAAUUGUAUUUGAGGUUUAACACCAUUAAUAUUCAAUCUGGAAGCUGGUAGAGCUCACUCACCUUUACUUAUAUUACAGUGACGACCUCGAAUACCUUCCUACCUCUAUCACAAGGCUUCGUAAAUUGGAAUUCCUGGAAUUCGAAUCAUGUAUUGCUCUCGAAGAAUUACCGCCCAAUUUGGGGGAAUUGAAGAGCCUCAAGCGUCUGUCCCCCGGUCGUUGCUCAGCUAUUAAGUACCUACCCAGUAGCAUUACUAGGCUACCCAAAUUGAUAGUUUUGAAUUUGGAAGAUUGUGGGAGUUUAUUAGAAUUGCCAGAAAAUUUGGGUAAUUUGGAUCAACUUUUGCAUCUGCAUGUUAGUAAUUGUUGUGAAAUCAAGUCUCUUCCUUGUAGCACAACCAAGCUUUGCAAUCUGGAAACCUUAGUCCUCCCUUCGAGUUUCGAGGUUGAAACACUAUAUCCAUUUGAAAUGAACAACUGUGUUGUUAUUACUGUUGAGGGCUCUGGUAUUUCUAAUCGAAUGUGGGAUGAACUUAGAAAGGAUAUUGCACUGAAAAUGAUCAAUGGAACAUUGGAUUUACUUAAACAAGACUCUCAUGUCAAUGACAAUUCGGAAAGUCAGCAUACUUCAGGAGAUGAACCUGUUUUGCCAUCUUCUGCUGGCUGCAUAACCACAAAAUCAGAUUGUUUUGUACGUGAGACAGAGCUUGGUGAGGAAAACAUCCAGCAUCCUACACAAAAUGGACAGAUGGAAAAUGAACAGAAUGUGAAGACUCCUCGUAGUGAUGAUGAAAAAGAUAACAGACAAAUGGUAGAAAUAGCUCCAGGGGCAACUCAAUUGCUAAUGGAACUGGUAGAUGCUGCAACCAAACGUGCCUGUUUUCAUCAUUUCUGAUUCAAUUAUUAAACUUGUAUCAAUUUAGUGAAACGCAAAUUGGAAGAGUUUGUAAUGCGAUCAAACAAGGGGGAACAAUGUCAGAAUGCCAAGAAUAGCACACACAAUAUGGAAUCAUCCUCGGGUCGUGAACAUGUUGAAGAGUGUUUAGACCGUGCAAAUCAACAUACACAAUCAGAUCACGUACCAAUUCCAUUUGAGUCUAUUCCCAUCAACAACACAAGUCUUGAUACAUCAAUGGGAACUGUCAAAGAGCCCCUAACGGUAACUAUAUUCUCUAAGGAUGCUCACCUACAAUCCCAGGAAUAUUAAGGUGGCGCAAACCAGCUCACAUCAUCAAAUACUCUACAUCCAAAUGGAAGUUCAAGCAGCUUUGUUGUCAAGGCCACUUAUAAGGAAGAUACAGUAAGGUUUUAUUUCUCUUUAACUACUAAUAUUGACCAACUAUUAAGGAAGUGGGCAAAAAGUUCAAACUAGAGGUCAACAAGUUCAAGAUGAAGUAUCAAGAUGAGGAUAAAGAAUGGAUGAUAUCGACCUACACCUUACCUUCUUGGAUUAUGCUUUUCAUCUUGCUAUAUCUUCUGGAAUUCAUUUUCUUAGAUUGUCUAUUAUUGAUUUAUGAUCUCGGCGUGUUUAACUGGAUAGAUGGACUACUUAUUGUCUAAUUUGAACUUAUUCUUUCUCA